CGCCCGGAGGCAUCUGCGCUCUGGUCCCAGACAGGCUUGCACCCACAGGCGGGCUGCAGGACCCUGCCCGGCGGAAUCUCCGCGCGCUCCGGUGCAGGCGCCCGGUGGCCGCCCGCCCCCAAAGUGAUUACCGCCUCGCCGUCUCCGCUCAGCCCGGGACCAUGAAGCUGCUGCCGUCGGUGGUGCUGAAGCUCUUUCUGGCCUCGGUGCUGUCCGUGUUGGUGACCGGCGAGAGCCUGGAGCGCCUUCGGAGGGGUCUCCCGGCCGGAACUAGCAACCCGGACCCUCCCACUGGAUCGACCGACCAGCUGCUACCCACGGGAGGUGACCAUGCUCGGGAGAUCCUGGGCUUGGAAGAGGCCGAUCUGGACCUCUUCAGAGUUGCUUUCUCCUCCAAGCCACAAGCUCUAGCCACGCCAAGUAAAGAAGAGAAUGGGAAAAGAAAGAAGAAAGGCAAGGGAUUAGGGAAGAAGAGAGACCCAUGUCUUCGGAAAUAUAAGGAUUUCUGCAUCCAUGGAGAAUGCAAAUACCUGAAGGAGCUCCGGGCUCCAUCAUGCAUCUGCCACCCAGGCUACCAUGGAGAGAGGUGUCAUGGGCUGAGCCUGCCGGUGGAGAACCGCCUAUAUACAUACGACCAUACUACUAUUCUGGCUGUGGUGGCUGUGGUGCUGUCUUCUGUGUGUCUGCUUGUCAUAGUGGGCCUUCUCAUGUUUCGGUACCAUAGGCGAGGAGGUUAUGAUGUGGAAAAUGAAGAGAAAGUGAAGUUGGGCAUGACUAAUUCCCACUGAGAGGGACUUGUGCUCAAGGAACCUAUGGGGGAAUGGCUACCUCUGAGAAGACACCAGUUUAUUUAAAGUUCUGCAGAGAGAAAGGACUUGACAACUAGCCAUGAAGACUUCUUUGUUCCCAGUGCUGUCUUGACUGGGUCUCCUGAAACUGCAUUGCAAAAAUACUGGAGCUUCAAGUGCCAAACACAAUAUAUCCAAUGGGAUCUGGAUCAGAAGAAAGCAGAGCCCUUUGGGCCCUUCUGAUUCCCUUCUACCAAAAACUCACUUCUCUCGUCAGCUCACUUAAACAUUUGUCUUCUGGACUAAAAUGCUAGCUAAAUUCUAUAUGCUCCAGUAUCUUUGACUGAAAAAGAGGAAGAGGAGAGAACAAAAGAAAGAUAUAUAGACUGGAUAAAAGCAACAGAAUUGAGGAUCCAUGUACUCACGUAGCCAUGAAGGGAUCUGCUGUUUGGACGCUCCAGUGCUGGAUUUGAUGAGCUAACUGUGAAAUACCACAAGCCCAAGACUCUGGUUUUUGGGACUUCUACCCAGAGGGAAAAAAAUAACAACUAUUUUUUGUUUUUGUUAUUUGUUUGUAAAAUGCCUCUUAAAUUAUAUAUUUAUUUUAUUGUAUGUAUGUUAAUUUAUUUAGUUUUUAACAAUCUAACAAUAAUAUUUCAAGUGCCUAGACUGUUACUUUGGCAAUGUCUUGGCCCUCCUCUUUGCAUCCUCACUAUCUGGCUCAGUGCCACACUCCCAUGCUACAAAUCUGAGGUGGCUCUGUGAUCCAUCUGUAGUAAUUUAUUGUCUGUCUACAUUUCAGAAGAUGUCCCAGGAACUCUGUUCCAUGGGGAAUGUGAGCUCGCUCUGGAUACAGGGGUUCACUCGGACAGAGCCAUUCUGUAGUUGGAUUGCAGUCUUGCCUAGGCGGUUUUGUCCACUGUUUGUGUUUUGAAAGCCCAAGGUGCUGAUGUCAAGUGUAACAGAUAUUGGUGUUUCCCCUGUCCUCUCCCAGCCAAUCUCAGAAGAGGUUGGGCCACCAUGCUUGCAGCUUUCCUGCACCCUUACUUAUCCUGUCCCAGCGUGGGAACACACCCUCCCUUGUGUCAAGACAUUUCUCUUACUCCUGCCAUUCUCCUGGUGCUACUCCAUGCAGGGGUCAAUGCAACAGGACAGUCUGAAGGGAUUAGUGAAGAAAAGGCUGAGGAGGAACAGGGAACGGUAGAUUUGACUGUUCUUGGUAACUGACUGAUUAAUUGCCAAUUGCAGGUAGGUUUGGGGUGGCCACACCCGUCUUACCAAAACUUCAGAGGUAUGUUGUCAUGGUCCCUUCUGGAAGUGUCUGGUGCCAUAUCUGAACUGUUACAACCUGUAUUUCCAAAAUUGAUUCAUAUUUAUACUUUGCAAUCCAAAUAAAGGUAACCCUUACUCCCUA